AUGGAGCUUGUCCUGGUAGCACUGAGCACAUGUCGGCAAACAGCCCUGAACAGUGCUUUCCAGUGCCCACUCACAAGCACACACUCACAGUCACGGGGCCAUUUUGGGGUUGCAGAUAAACUUGGCAAAAGCACAUCAUCAGUGACAUGGGGUAAGACCCCUGCAGACAAGGGAAUAAUGUGUGAGCUCAACACAAGCAAUGCCUGGAACAAACAAACAACAUGGAGAGGAAUAGGAGAGGAGAAACAGUUACUGAAUUCAGGAAUAAAAGAUACAGAGAUGAGUGAUGAUCUCGGAAACUUUCUUGAAGAGCAAAGAGCUAAAGUAGCCGAGUACAGAGCCUCUUUGGAGCAGGAUCCUCCUUAUAUGGAAAUUAGAACAAAAGCUGACUUUGCUCACAGUUCUGCAGCUAAAGAGAAUAUUCCUCCAAACAAGUGGCAGGUGAAGCAGAGUCCAUAUUCUGUCAAAGAAGAGAGUUAUGGGUUGAGUUUGCCACUUGGUGAAGAAUAUGAAAAGAAAAAGCAAAAACUGAAACAAGAAUUAAGACAAGAUUAUAGAAGAUAUAUGGCUCAGGCAGUAAACCAAGAAAGAAGAAAGAAAAAUGGUGCAGUUUCACUUGAGUCCCAUUUAACAAAUCAGGGACUGUCACUUCCUAUUGGAGACAGGAGAUCUGCUAAGGAAGGGCUACGAAGUGAGAGAAACAGGGAAUACAAUAAAUUUCUUAAAGAACAAAGGCAGACAUUUCAAGUUAAAGAUCCAGAGGUUAUUGAACAGAAUAGUAAACGUGAGGGACGUGAACAGCUUCCAGACAGUUUUCGAACUCUGCCUGUUUCAAGAGCUGAAGAUUAUAAUUCUUCAAAGAAAGAUGCUGCUACACUAACAGAAGCAAAAAAAGAAAUUAUAAGGAGGCAAAGAUUAGAUGACGUUCAAAGCCAUCGUUUGAAUAAGCACCCAGAAAUCAGAGAGAGGAGACCUCGGUUUUCACGAUUUGACUUUGAUUCUGAGCUUGAAGAUCAACACCAAUAUUCUGAUGAUGAACGUGAAAAGUUCAUGCUUCCAGAACGGACACAACCAAGACAGACUGAGGAAAGGGAAUUUUUUGGGAAAAUGCUGCCUAGACAGAAACAAAGAGGUGACAGGGAUAUGCCACGAUACAGAAGUGAUCGAAUGGAUGAAGAUGAAAUAUAUCCUGAUGUGCACCCUCGUACUGAAAGACGCAAAAAUGAAAACAGGUCAUAUAGAGAGAGAUUAGAGGAUGCUCAGUUAGACUAUGAAGAUGAUUAUUGGGAAAAGAAGAAUAAGAGACCAUCCUCGAAUACAGGAAGAACAAGGCCUAACGAGAGGUUGCAGUCUUCCACUAAAAAACACGAGGAACGUUUUGCUACCGGACUAAUGAUUGGGGAGACUGAUAAAAAUCAAGAAGAGCAGAGAAGAAAGGAAAGGUACAGACAGGAGCUGCAGGAGCAGAUAGCAGAGCAGCAGAGAAACAAGAAAAGGGAAAAGGAAUUGGGGCUCAGAGUUGCUGCUUCAGGUGCAGUUGACCCCGAAAAGCAGCCAGACAGAAUAAAACAGUUUGGAGCUGUAAAUCGUGAAUAUGACAACAAAGCACGUGAUGUUCCUUACCGUCCAGGAGCUUCUCUUGGUGUCUUUGGUAUUGAUAAGCCUGGGAGACCACAUGAAGAAAUACAUCAGCCUGAGGAAAGAGCUCCACCAGAAAAACCCAGAGUGGCCUUCCAGACUCCAGUCAUAGAUUAUAAUUCGACAUUCGGUGCCUUGGGUGCCGGGACUAGCAAUAAUGGAACAGUCACACUAAAUGAAGAUUUCUACAGAGGGCUUGCUCACACUCUUGGGGAAAUUAUGGCCCCUAGAGUUACAAGCGUUCCACCACCACCAGCCCCACCUGUGAUGCAUGACAACUACAGAACUCCAUAUGAUGAUGCUUAUUAUUACUAUGGAACUCGCAAUCCUUUAGACCCCAGCCUGGCACACUAUGGACCCUCAGUUUUGGGGGCACAGGCAAUGCCUUUUAAGAAUGUUGGUCCUGGGCCUGCACCAUUCAAAUAUCCUGAAAAACAGGUACAGUCUGAGCCACAAAUCCCACCAGAAAGCAGCAGGACAAGUAUAGGAAUAUUUCCAGAAGAGAAAAUGAAAAGCUCAAAGGAUACCAUCUUAUCAUACCAGGAAGAACUAAAAAAACAGAUACAGGAACGUGAGGAGAAAAAGAGAAGAGAAAAAGAAGAAAAUGAGCGAUAUGAAUUAAAGAUUGAGGCAGAAAUGAAAACCUAUGACCCUUGGGGCAGAGGUGGAGCAGGAGCACCAUUGAAGGAUGAUCGAGGAAAUCUUAUUAGUGACCUGAAAAGAAUGCAUGUAUAUAAUGAGGAGGCUUAUGUAAACCCAGAGCUCAGGACACAGCAAGAAAAGAAGACUCUAUUAUCAGUUCCUAAAGAAAAUGAAUCCCAUGAGUCCCUGGCACAUAAGAUUUCAGACUUUACUUCUACCCAGACAUCACCCUUUGCUCGUGGCAAUGUGUUUACAGAAGCUCCAACACCUCAGCAGAUAUACGAAAAGGAUAAAUACAAAGAGUACCUUAGAAUUCAGAUUGAGGAAAAACGUCGCAAGCAAGAGGAGGAGAGAAAGAGACUUCAAAUGGAGGAAGAGGAAGAGGAGCGAAGGCUGGCUGAACAAAGGACCAGGAUGCAACGAGAAUAUGAAGAAGAGUUGAAAAUGAAGAAACUGAAGGAAGAGGAGCUUAGAGCCCAGCAGAUGUUAAAGCAUCAAGAACCAAUGAAUCAGACGGAUGACAAGGGCGUUUCUCAGAAGAGUAAAGAAAACGAUGAGCUGCAAGAAGAGAGUGAAGGGGAGCAAAGAGCCAAACAGGAAGAGAAUCAAGAACAAGCUCUGCAGACAGAGGAUAAGAGUAAAAUACAGAAGAGUAAAGAGAAAGAGGGGAGAAAGCACAGCUAUGAAGUGCAGGAACGGAGAGAAUGGGAGCGAGAUGAGUUACGACAGCCAUCACCUCCUGUACCUGCAGUGCUAAACAAAAUGGCUUUACAAGGGUAUCCGAAGCACCCAGUAGCAGAGAGUGUGCACUCAGUGGUUUUGUCUGAAAGACAAGGCAGUGGAGCGGUCUCCCCACCAGUGCCUGCUAGAAGAAAUGACUUGAGAGCUGCUGAGGAGAGAAUAGAUGUCAUGAGUCGGCUACCAGCUUUAAAUAGACGACUUGUAACUGAACAACAGACUCUAGAAGCCCAGUACCGCAAUUUGGAUCGCGAUGACGUGGACACUCCACUGUCGGGAAGGAGAACAGAUAGAAAUGAUGUGAAUGUUUUUGACAUGGCCAGGAGACGGAGGCAGGCUCCAGUUAGGAGACCACCGUCUAAUGAAAUGGAUCAAAUAAACAUCCAGAAUUUUCGAGACUUCAAUCAGCUAAAGUACAGAAAUACCGAUACCAGAGAGGGUGUACUCCAGGUUUACCCAGACCCACCAAAAGACAACCACAGCUUGGAGAUUCAACAGCAAGCUCUUCUUAGGGAGCAGGAAAGGAAGUUAAAAAGCAUGAAAAAGAAAGAAGGCAAGUUGAGGUCCUGAAAGAUCUGCAGGAGGGUGUGUGGAGGGGGUGGCUGGGGGUGUCCUGGGAGACCUGGAGUUGGAAGUAACGUCGAGCAGGUUUUGUGCAGUCGGGUGCUGGCUUGUCAUUAAC